GAGUCACCGCUGCCCUCCUGAAACUGAACCCGAGCGGCACGGAGUCACCGCUGCCCUCCUGAAACUGAACCCGAGCAGCACGGAGCAUUCUAUUGCCAGCUUCAAAUGGUUAUGCUUCGCUUCCUAUGAACGGAGCAAGGGGAGCUGGAUCUGGGGGAUACAACCUAGUGGGCUUUCAGCUAAUUAUAUAUACACACAUAUAUAUAUAUAUAUAUAUAUAUAUAUAUAUAUAUAUAUAUAUUACACACACACACAAGGAACAAUAAACUUUUUUUUAGUGUGGGAACAAAGCAGUUUUGUGGUUACUAAGGGUACUUGAUCAUUUACUAAAAAGAAAAAAAAAAAAGUUGGAGCCAUCAGUAAAAGUUGGGAAUUGUAUCUGGAUCCUUGGCUUCGUUGAUGUAGACGCUUACACACGGGACUUUGGCAGUAUAUAGUUCUGCUUUUUAAGUUUUUGGAUUUCUGAACUUGGUCACCUGCACUCUACGGGAUUAUCUCACCUGCCUGCCCUUUUCAUCUUUCCCAAAUUAAAUUCGCCCGGUGUUGACCCGUGACACUGUGACCGGGUCUCACGAACGCAACCAUGCUGCGCAAUGGAAACGCACAAGAAAACCCGACCCAGACCGAAGCAGGUGGAAAAGCCCUCGCAGAGCCCGCGACCAGCCCCACGCAUUUCCCCCUCCACACCUACCCCAAACUGGAGAUCAAAAAGAACGCUGUCACUGACGACUUCAGAGUGUCCAGCCAGGUCCUGGGGCUGGGCAUCAAUGGCAAAGUGCUGGAGUGCUACUGCAAGAAAACCGGCGAGAAGUGCGCGCUGAAGAUCCUGCACGACAGCCCGAAGGCUCGGCGCGAGGUGGAGCUGCACUGGAGAGUGUCCGGCGGGCCCCACGUGGUGAGGAUCAUCAGCCUGUACGAAAACAUGCACCACGGCAACAAGUGCCUCCUCAUCGUCAUGGAGUGCAUGGAGGGAGGGGAACUGUUCAGCAGGAUCCAGGCUCGGGGAGACCAAGCGUUCACUGAAAGGGAGGCAUCGGAAAUCAUGCGAGAUAUCGGCACGGCUAUCGAGUACCUGCACCUGAUGAACAUUGCUCACCGAGACGUGAAGCCUGAGAACCUGCUGUACACGGUGAAGGAACAGAACGCUGUUCUCAAGCUCACAGACUUCGGCUUUGCGAAGGAGACCACGAUGCACAACUCGCUGCAGACACCCUGCUUCACUCCCUAUUACGUGGCUCCGGAGGUGCUGGGCCCCGAGAAGUACGACAAGUCCUGUGACAUGUGGUCUCUGGGGGUCAUCAUGUACAUCCUUCUGUGUGGAUUCCCUCCCUUCUACUCCAACACGGGCCAGGCCAUUUCUCCCGGGAUGAAGAGGCGGAUCCGCAUGGGCCAGUACGAGUUUCCCAACCCAGAGUGGGCGGAAGUCUCAGAGGAAGCAAAGCAGCUGAUUCACCAGUUGUUGAAGACAGACCCCAGCGAGAGAAUGACAAUCUCACAGUUCAUGAACCACCCCUGGAUCAAAUCAAUGGUGGUGCCGCCGACGCCCCUGCACACAACGAGGGUCCUGCAGGAGGACAAGGAGAUGUGGGACGAGGUCAAGGAGGAGAUGACCAGUGCUUUGGCCACGAUGCGCGUCGACUACGACCAGGUCAAGAUCAAGGACCUGGACACCUCCAGCAAUCCGCUGCUCAACAAGCGGCGAAAGAAAGCAGCUGGGGGCAAGGGGGGCUCGUCCACAGUGUGCAAUAGCCAGUGAAGACCCCCCUGCAGGAAUAAAACCGAACUGCAGCUCUACACUGUGCGGGAACGAGCAGAUCACAAUAGAAAGAACACUGUGUGUGUGUGUGUGUGUGUGUGUGUGUGUGUGUGUGU